AUUUCAAUUUAGUUGAGACGACUCAUGAAGGAUAGCAGACAGUUUUCACAACCAUAAACGAAAAAAAUAUAAACUUUUAAAGUGACAUUAAACAAAGAAAAAAAAAUAUUUAAAAAAAUCUAGAAAUGAAUUGUGAAUCGAAAUUGCCCACCAUCACCGAGGUGGAGCAGAAACCCACCCCCACCAAAGACCUUGUGGAGAGUUUACAAUUUGAAACCUCAUCACCUGCUACUUCCACCAAACAUUCAGAGUCACCACCAGAAAUGUACUCGAAAAAUACUGAAGAUGAACAGGAUGAAAUUGUCACCAUUGAAAAUGUUACGGUCAAAUUUCGUUUGGCCAUAAAUCAGGUUAUAGCUCAAGUCUAUCCGAAUUGUAUGACUUUGGGAGAGGUUAAAGUCGAUAUAGGACGUCGUUUUGAAGUGGCUCCCGAACUUUUGGUAUUGGCACAAAAUAAUCGCAUUCUCCCGGAUGAGUAUCGCAUACGUGAAACGGAAAAUGAUGAUUUUGGCAUACAUGAGUAUGCUUUAUCUUUAAAAUCUUUAGAGAAACGUAAGAGUUUAACAACAGUCGCAGCCAGUGGCACCGCUACGGAUGAAGAAAAGGAACGUGAACCUAAAUUAGAUUUGGAAGUGUAUUAUAAUAAACAUCGUCUACCGGAUUUCAUUACGGUCUACAUACCUCCAGAAGAUUCUCGCAAUGGCAAGCCAAAGAACAUCGUUGUGGAAAUACAAAAUAAGGCCAUUUCCAAGCCAUUUCUUUGUGGAUAUUUGGAUAAGAGCACAGGCAUUGAAUAUUUGGAUGCAUUUACCCAGACGGGACCAUUCAUCAACAAAUGCAAGGUUGAUUGCCAACUUUCGCGGGAUACACAGACAUUUGAACAUAAAGUGAAAUUGGUUGACACAAUGCAUGAUCAAACAUCCCAAUGUUGGCUAGAUGGCAACAAUGUCCGUUAUUGGUCAGAGGCUACCGAUUAUACCAUAACCGCAGGAGAUUAUGUCUCAUAUGCUCAACAAGAAAGGGCCAAGAAUCGAAUUGGCAAAAUACAAUUGAUACAACGCAAUUUUCGUCGUUACAAAUGGAUGAAAUGGAUGCGUGAAUGUGCCCAAGAACAUAAACGCCUUGUAACCAAUCGUUUGGCUGAAGAAGAAACAUUUCAAGAAGUACAAGAACGACGCAUUAAACGUGAAGAAAGAGCCAAACAAUUUCCCCGAACCCAAGAUGAUUUCGAUUUGCUACAUGGCGAGGUGCAAAAAUGGAAAUUGGCUGAAUUGAAACGCAUUGCCAGCAUGUAUGAGGGACCUGCGCGAGUGGCUGAAGUCAAUAUCCUGCUGGACAAGGAGAUACAGUUGCUAAAUGGCAUAGAGCGUCAGCGCCAGGUGGUAUUUGAAGCUAUGAAAGAUUUUCGCCAGCAACAAAUGCUAAAGAAAAUGGGAGAACCCAUACAAUGGAUAGGUUAUGGAGAUACUGUAGUCACUGUGGAUCUUUUAAGAACUCAAAGGGUGCGCUUUUUAACAGAAAUUUACAAUGAUUUACAAAAACCUCUUAAAAAAGCCCAACGUCUGGAAUUGAUAACCAAAGUCAGACAAAUUCUGGUGAAUGAGCAGGAUUUUCCCGAUUUUGGAGAGCUUUUUGAUUUGUUUGACCGUGAACGUAACCUGCUGGUCUACACCAAACAUUGUGAUGUGGAAAUCCUACGCAAGCGGCAAAAUGUCCUUUUCGUGGAAUUGAUCAAAUUUGACAGAGAACCUAAGCAGCAUAAACAAGGAAAUCGCAUGUGUUGGGUUUGCAAACAAGUCAAACCCUAUUCCCAAUUUGCCAUACGUACGCGUCAAUCCCAAGUGGAUACAUGUAAGAAAUGCUAUUAUCUAAAGGUGGCCUCAACGGAAAAUGUUGUUUACACAGCCAUUUUAAGAUCCAUACAACGCGAUGAACGCAAAAAGCAUUGUAGCAGUUCAGUGGCUUUUAUCAUGCAAGUGGAUGAUAUACGCCACAUUGUGGAUCAAAUAUGGCAUGGUCACUCGGUGUUGAGUAAAUGCAAUAAUUUGGCAAGAUUAAGGCUACCACGCUGGAACAAAUGCGAAGAAUGGUCUCCUUGGAAUUGUGUCUGUUUGACCGACACCGAGGCCAGAAAUCAUAAUCGAGUUGAAGAUUUGGAAAAAGUCUACGAUUUAAAGACACGCUUGGAAAUUGCCAAUCGUCAUAUGUUGGCUAAGAGUGCUUUUCAUAACUUGGCUUCGGUUUCGAUAGAAUUUAACGAAACCAAUCAAUGGUGCAAUGUGGGUUUAAAUCGCCAACGUCAUGUGCGUGUCGAUCAUAUGGCUGCGGGCAAAGGCAUUGAUAUGCGUAGCAAGCCAAGUGCUGGUGAUCGCAAUUAUACACUGGGAAAGAUUUUAUAAAAGAAAAAACAGAAACGCCAAAACAUUUUCCAAACAUCCAGUUUUGUAAACUUUUGGAUGAUGACAAGAUAUAUUCUGUUAUUGUAUUUUAAAAUAAAAAUCAUAAAUUUGUUAUAGCAAA